CUGUCAUAUAGAUGUAUCUCUGUUCAGCUACUUUUUAUAAAAAAGAAUACUAUGUAUACAAACAUGCACGGCCAUAACUGAUCCAAAUGUUAGUGACGUGGGCGUAACUUCAGGUUAUGACAUGCAACUCUUUGCGCCGCAUAGACACGUCGGUUUUUAUAGCUCAUUCGUGUUUAUUGUAGCGUAGUUACAAAACAAACUGAAGCGAAAUGCAUGCGUUUAAAAGUGAAACAAAAAAAGAUCUGCGUUCGUUCUGAACGUAUGUUUAGAUUUUACUGUUAAGAGGAGUUUCGAUUGUCGCUGUUCGAAUUCAAGUUCAUCUCAAGUGCAUUAUGGAGACUUGCGUGAUAGCCGUCGAGGAAAACCAAAACGAUAUCGCCAAGCCUCAUUCGUGUUUCGAGAGGACGUUUGCAUCCAUGACAGUGGACGAUGUGUAUGAAAUCGCUAAAGCAGUGGGGGCAGAAGUGGAGAAACUCAUCGACAGCUAUGGGAAGUCGAGUGUGGAGGGUCUGGUGUCUCAUAUAGUGAAAGUGUUGGAGCUCCUGGAGAGUUUCGCGGCAAGAAACCAAGCUCAUAAAUGUAAGGAAGAGGAAAUAUUGAAGGCGUUUGAGACGUUACAUAUACAGCAGCAGAAGAAACGACACGUGAAGGAGUGCGAUGAGUCCAGCAACAGUAACGUUACAGAGAGUGGGGACUGGCAUCAGAAAGAGAAGAAACUGAAGGAAAAGGUAGAAGUGUUACAGUCCCAGGUGCAACAGCUCAAGGAAGACAAUCGGGAGCUUCUGGCCCGCUUACAAUGCACCCACUCCAAAGAAGACCGCACACAGCGUCAGGAACGAGAGGUGAUGCUCAAGCUGAAGGAAGUGGUGGAUAAGCAACGUGAUGAGUUAAGAGCGAAAGUGCAGGAGAUUUCCAGCAUGUCCAAGGAAGUGGAAGCGCUCCAGGAGCAGCAGGAGCGACUGAUGAAGAUAAACGCAGAGCUCAGACACAAGCAGGACAUCAUACAGACUCAGCUGAAGAGUGCAGUGGAGAGGAGGGCCGACCUGGAGGCCGAUGUGUGCGAGAAACAGAAAGAGAUAGAGCGCCUGAACUCACAAUUAGAAAGAGCCAGCGUACAUACUGCUGCUGAAACGAGCAGUUCAGCCAUAGACCUCACAGAUAAGAUGAUCAUUGACUUGAAGGAUCCAAAUCGACCGUGUUUUACCAAGCAGGAAGUACGAGAUUUGAUUUUUGAGAAGAACGAGUUGAAGGCCAAUCUCUUUCUGGUCAAAGAGGAGCUUGCAUAUUACCAAAGGGAAAUCCUGAAUGAUGAGAGAUGCCCAGGGUUCUUACUGGAUGCCGUGCGCUCUACCAUAAAGAAGCAGAGGACUGUCAUAAAGUCUAAAAUGCUUGGCAUACCCGUUAGUGAAUGUAGAACAGAUGAGACAGAUGGUCCUUUGUUUGAGAGGAGUGGAAAUGAAGACAAUGACACUGACAGCACUGACAACAGACCCCAGGACUCCCGCAUCAGAAAACUAUUUGGUUUCCUGACGCCGUCCAGUCUUACUAGGAGCUCUGGUUCUCAGCCUUCCGGCCUUCCAACAUCCAGCUCCACAUGGGAAAUCCUUGAUCCAGACGAGCAAGGAGGCGAGGAGGAGACACAGACCCUCAGCUCCUCUUGAGAACCACCGCAGCUGCUACUCAUCUUCACCUGGGUUGGAAGAGAGAAGUUCAACGGACUACUCUUGUAUUUGGUUAUACAAACAUAGUAUUAAUAGUUGUUCCCUAAGCAACCUUUUUCUCAGUAUAAAAUCAUUCAGCACUUGGCUUUUGUUAAUUGGCUGAUAGCUAGAUUUGUGGCUGAUGGUCACUCAGUGUCACAGAUGACCUGAAGAUGAGAUCAGAUUGUUGCAGUCAUAUACAUAUUAUUAUUGUUUGUUGUUUACCAUUUAAAAAUGUAGGGUCAGUAAGAAUUUUUAAUGUUUUUGAAAAAAAAAUCUUUUAAUCACCAAGGCUGCACUUAUUCGGUAAAAAAGCUUUAAU